CAACAGGACAAGACCUCGUCCAACCUGCACGAGGCUGCGUCGGACUGCGUGUGCUCGGCCCUCUACGCCAUCGAGAACGUGGAGACCAACCUGCCGCUGGCCCUGCAGCUGUUCCAGGGCGUGCUCACCCUCGAGAGUGCCUAUCACAUGGCUGUGGCACGGGAGGACCUGGACAAGGUGCUCAACUACUGCCGUGUGUUCACCGAGCUGUGCGAGACCUUCCUGGACAAGAUCGUGUGCACGCCGGGCCAGGGCCUGGGCGACCUGCGCACGCUGGAGCUGCUGCUCAUCUGCGCGGGGCACCCGCAGUACGAGGUGGUAGAAAUUUCCUUUAACUUCUGGUACAGACUGGGAGAGCACCUGUACAAGACGGAUGAUGCUGUGAUCCACAGCAUCUUCAAAGCCUACAUCCAGCGCCUGCUGCACGCGCUGGCCCGGCACUGCCAGCUCGACUCCGACCAU